CCGCCAGCAUCAUGGCCAGCCCAAGAACCAGGAAGGUCCUUAAAGAAGUGAGGGUGCAGGAUGGGAACAACGUGUGUUUUGAGUGUGGUGCGUUUAAUCCUCAGUGGGUCAGUGUGACCUAUGGCAUCUGGAUCUGCCUGGAGUGCUCGGGAAAACACCGCGGGCUUGGGGUGCACCUCAGCUUUGUGCGCUCUGUGACUAUGGACAAGUGGAAGGACAUUGAGCUGGAGAAGAUGAAAGCGGGUGGGAAUGCUAAAUUCCAAGCGUUCCUGGAGUCUCAGGAGGAUUACGACCCCUGCUGGUCCUUGCAGGAGAAGUACAGUAGCAGAGCGGCAGCCCUCUUCAGGGAUAAGGUGGCCGCCCUGGCUGAAGGCAGAGAGUGGUCUCUGGAGUCAUCACCAGCCCAGAACUGGACCCCCCCUCAACCCAGGAUGCUGCCGUCCACUGCCCACCGAGCCUCUGGCCAGCUGCAGAAUGUGACCACAUCCUCAGACAAGGCUUUUGAAGACUGGCUGAACGAUGACCUUGGCUCCUAUCAAGGGACCCAGGGGAAUCGCUACAUGGGGUUUGGGAACACAGCGCCACCUCAGAAGAGAGAGGACGACUUCCUCAACAAUGCCAUGUCUUCCCUGUACUCGGGCUGGAGCAGUUUUACCUCCGGAGCCAGCAGGUUUGCUUCAGCAGCUAAGGAGGGUGCUACAAAAUUUGGAUCCCAAGCAAGUCAAAAGUUUUGGGGUCACAAGCAGCAGCCAGAGCCGGCUUCGGAGUUGGGCCACAGCCUGAACGAGAACGUCCUCAAGCCUGCCCAGGAGAGGGUAAGGGGCUGCACCCACGGGUGAAGUGCUUGUCACCCCCCAGCCUUCAUUUCUAGGGAAGCAGGUGUGUUCCUGUUCUCAGCCCCGCCUGGCCGCCCACUCUGCUCUUCAGGCACUGAUGUCCUCCUCCUGUGGCUGGGGCCUCUGAGAUCCCCCCAGCCUGUCCCCUCCCCUGCCUAGGGCCCCUUCUCACUCCCUUCUCUCUGCCUCAUUCCCACACGGCCCUAGCCAUGGUGCAUAGAGGAGGCUCAGGCUGGGGACAGUGCCUGCUUGUCCUCAGAGGAGGUUGUGGUGACAGAGACCUUUAGGGGAGACCAGCCUGAGCCUCACCAGUUCCUCCCCCCCUCACAGCAGGGAGGCAGCAUGGCUGGGGGACUGACUCAGUGGACAGGUCUCUGUCAGCUUUUCCUCGACUUGCAGUGUCCUGGUCAUUAGCAGGCGGUAGGUGCCAUGUUGGCAGUGACUGCUGGAGCAGCUCCUAGACCUUAAAGUGACAGUCUUGUGAUUCUGAAGUUAUUUUGGGGGUCACUGUAGAGCUUUUUGGGACGCAAACACGUUAGAUGUCUACAUGCACUUGCGGCUUCAGACACUGUCACAGCUGUGUUGCCGUUCUCCUGUGCAGCUCUCACUGGACUUUUCCACUCCCAACCCCCACUGACGACGCUGUUUCAAUG